UCAGGAAGUGGGGAAAAGCUGUCUUCCUAACUACAGCUGGAGUUGUCACCUCCCAUGUUCACUGUCUUCUUGACGAAGCCUUUUAACCUCAGUAUUUAGCUAGCAGCUUCUUAAAUCUGUUGAAAACUACAGGUUUUCUUUUGGACAAGGGAAUCAUGGAGGAAGACUCAGUGUUCUUCACGGACCGUAGCGGACGGAUCACCAGUAACCCACUGCUGGACCAGCUGCCCAGCUACCAAUCCCUGCUGUACCGCAGAAAAUCAUCACUCACUAGCACCAAACGAAAAGGGAGGCUGAGUUCUUCUGGCAGCUUGAAAUACAGCGUGAACACCGUCAACCGACUGGAGGAGAGGCAGAAGAGUCAGAUGGAGCAGCGGCCCAUCAGAGAAUUUGCCUUACCCAUGGCUGAGAAACGCAGAAGCAAAGAUCAGCGCUUGGAGAAGAAUCAAGAUUUAAGCAGCUGGACACAGUGGAGGCAAAGCACUCGCAGGUAUCUGAAGAGGCUGAGGGACGAUGCUCAAGCAUUUCUAAGCUCCAUGAAGCUCUGGAGGGGGGACAUCCACCAAAUAGAGGGGAUGUUCGGAACAGGCAUCCUGUCCUACUUCUCCUUUCUGCGCUUCCUGGUGGCGCUCAACAUGAUAAUUUUCCUGCUGAUGUUUGGCUUUGUCAUGUUGCCCAUCAUCAUUGUUCCCUACACUUCAGGAAAUAUCACCUACAACCAGUAUGACGGAAGUGUUUGCAGCAUCUAUCCAAACACCGCUCGAAGGGGUCUCGUCAUCUUUCACGAACAUAUUACAGAUCUGCUUUCUGGUGGAGGCUUUCUGGAACAGACUUACCUUUUCUACGGCUUCUACAAAGUGGAUAAAAUCCACUUUCCAAAAGGCACAUACAAUUUGGCUCUGGCAUAUCUCCUGGCAACUAUAGGAUACCUCUUCCUAAGUCUGAUCUGGAUUGUUAAAAGGUCUGCGACAGGAUUCAAGCGCAACUUGGUCCAGGAUGAGGAUCGCUUUCAAAGCUUUUGCAACAAGAUCUUUACAGGCUGGGAUUUCUGCAUCACCAAUGAGAACGCAGCAAUGCUGAAGAGAAGCAGUUUGCUCUACGAGCUCAAGACUGAUCUGGAGGAGGAGAGGAUCAAACAGAAAAUAGCGGGUCGCACCACUAAGGAGAAGUGUCGGAUUUAUCUCCUCCGCAUCAUCCUCAAUGUUUUUGUCGUUGGUGUGUUGGCCGCUUGCUUCUACAGCAUUUACGUUGCCACCAUCUUCUCCCAGGAAGCACAAAUGAAAAGUAUAAAGGUGCAUUUCAUUGUGGAUCUCAUCUAUGAGUAUCUGCCCUCUGUUGUCAUCACCUUGGCCAACUUCAUCACUCCACUCCUCUUCUCUGUUAUCAUCAACUAUGAAGAUUACUCACCUGCCUUUGAAAUCCGCUUCACUCUCAUGAGGUGCGUCUUCAUGCGGCUGACCAGUAUUGGUGUUUUGCUCUUCUCUCUCUGGUCUCAGAUCGUGAAAUGUGAAGAGGACCCCUGUGUCUGUGGCUACCACCACAAACUUUACUCUUGCUGGGAGACCCGUGUGGGCCAGGAGAUGUAUAAACUCUCCAUAUUUGACUUCAUCAUUAUAGUUUCAGUCACCAUCUUUGUGGAGUUUCCCCGAAAGCUGAUUGUAGAGCACUGUCAGUGUGGCCUUGCUAAGUGGUGGGGCCGGCAGGAGUUUUCUAUUCCUCAAAAUGUGCUGGAAAUUGUCUACGGUCAGACAAUCUGCUGGAUCGGCACUUUCCACUGUCCCAUGCUUCCUGCCAUCUGCAUCAUAAAAUACUUCUUUAUCUUCUACAUCAAAAAGGUGUCGUUAAUCAAAAACUGCCGGCCAGCCACCCGGCCAUUUCGACCGUCCAGCUCCAACUUCUUCUUCCUUGGUGUAUUGCUGAUUGGCCUUGCUCUCGCCUGCAUGCCCAUCGCUGUUAGCCUAGCUCAAAUAAACUGCUCGCAGGCAUGCGGACCAUUUGUUAACUACAACACCUCCUGGCAGGUGCUUCCAGCUACCAUAUCACAAAUGCCAGAAGGAGCCCAAAAACUCCUCUUCGCUCUCUCAUCAGAGGCCUUUGCUGUCUCUUUCUUUGUUGUUACUUGUAUGGCCAUGUUUUAUGUGAUUGCACUUGCUGGAGCUCACAAGAGAGUCAUCAAUCAACUAAGAGAGCAGCUAGUCAUAGAGGGCCGGGACAAGCGCUUCCUGAUCCAGAAGCUGUGCCAGGCUCAGAAGUUCCGAGCAGUCAAAUCCCCGAUGUCCAAAUCCCAGCCCCGCAGUCCCAGUGGACGUGGCCCGAGUUACCACACCAGCUUCUCCAGCAACUUCAGUGAGGCGGUGUUCCUGGCACAUUCUCCACCAAACUCCUUCACACAUGUGUGAGGCAUGGGGAAGAUAUUCUACAGCUGGACAGACAUAUGGGAGCUGAACCAAAAAAUAGAAUGUAUACAUUGUUUUAACGUUUCUUCUUUUUUUUCAGUUUACUGUAAAAACACCAAAGCUUGUGUGUUUCUGUGGAUCUGCUAACAUAUCCUGUCACUUUUGUGUUUUUAAAUGAAACAUUUUUACACGUAGUCCAAAAAAUUAUUUUAGGUCAGCUGUUGUGUUUGCUUUUGUCUUUUCCUUCUGAGAAGGACUUCAUUUCACUUUAAUAUACUGGACUUGUUUAAAAGACAGCAUCUUUAGAUUUUAUGCACUUUUAAGAGUUUUUUCGUUGUCUUUUCUCCAGUACAAUCUCUGUUUACAUCUGUGCAAAUUUCUGUUGCAUGUUUUUAUAUCCAACAUUAUAUAGUAACAACUGCAUUAAACUAAUAAAGUUACUUUGUCUGCAACUAUAAAA